AUGGGCCUGUGUUUAUCAUUUGACUGUGGGGACUGUGAUGGUUGCGUCAAUCCGUGUUGCUUGGCCCUGAGUGCCUGUUGCUUAGUACCGUGCCUAUGCCCCAACGCCUGCGGUGAUCAGAACAAGAAUCAACCACCAACUGUCAUCGUUCAACAGCCUCCUGUUGUAAUAGACCAGCAACAGCCAGGUUAUCCCUAUCCCCCUCCGGGAGGUUACCCUCCAGGUGGUUACCCUCAGGGCGGUUACCCCCCACCUCCAGGUGGUUACCCUCAAUAUCCCGGAUACCCACCUCAAGGCGGUUAUCCAAUGCAAAGAUAG